UGUUCAAAAGUUUAUAAUGGUCUCUAUUAUCCAUGAAUGAGUGAGAUCAUGUGGUAUUUUUCCUUCAUUGACUGUCAACAUGCCAGCUUUGUCUUUGAAAACUCAACUCCAAGGACCAACAACCCAUCUUUUUCUUCUUCCCCAGCCCAUAACACAAUCUCUUGGAAGCAUAUUGAACCCAUAUUUCAAUAUCACCUUUGGCAUCUUUUCCCAAGGUAUUUCCAGGGUGACAGAUGGGAGAAAAUGGAAAAACAAUAUUUGAACACAGGCCCUGUUUUCCACUGGGCUUUGAGAAAAUCCCCACCUUGUGCACUCUUGGUCUAUCUCUGGCCGAUAAGACCGCUCAUAAAGCCAGGGCCCCAGCCAAGUCCAGGAUUCCUACGGACUCACCAUGAUCAGGGCGCUGCUGCUGUCUGCACUGGUGGCUGGAGCUCUCAGCUGUGGGCUCCCCACUUACCUGCCCCAUCUGCCCAGGGUGGUUGGCGGUGAAGAUGUGAGGCCCAACAGCUGGCCCUGGCAGGUCUCCCUGCAGUUCAGCUCCAAUGGCCAGUGGCGCCACACCUGCGGAGGGACCCUGGUGGCCCAAAACUGGGUCCUGACCGCUGCCCACUGCAUCAGCUCCUCCAGGACCUACCGCGUGGUGGUGGGCCGUCACAGCCUCUCCGUGGAUGAGCGUGGCUCUCUGGCCGUCAAGGUCGCCAAGAUCGUGGUGCACAAGGACUGGAACUCCAGCCAGCUCUCCAAAGGGAACGACAUUGCCCUGCUCAAACUGGCCAGCCCUGUCCCCCUGAGUGACAAGAUCCAGCUGGGCUGCCUCCCUCCCGCCGGCAAAAUCCUUCCCAACAACUACACCUGCUACGUCACAGGCUGGGGAAGGCUGCAGACCAACGGGGCUACUCCUGACAUCCUGCAGCAGGGAAAGCUGCUGGUUGUGGACUAUGCCACGUGCUCCCGCUCUGACUGGUGGGGCAGCUCCGUGAAGACCAACAUGAUCUGUGCUGGGGGUGAUGGCAUCAUCUCCAGCUGCAACGGAGACUCCGGAGGACCCCUGAACUGCCAGAAGGCCGACGGCCAGUGGGAGGUGCACGGCGUGGUCAGCUUCGGGUCCUCCCUGGGCUGCAACUACUACCACAAGCCCUCUGUCUUCACCCGCGUCUCCAACUACAUCGACUGGAUCCAUUCGCCAUCCAGCAGCAUCUCCGGGUCAUGGGUGGCGUGUGAACACGUUUCAGAGAAAGCGGCUAAACCGCCUCGGAAAACAGGCUACAGCAGCGCUGCGCAAACCGCGGUGCCUGUUAACAAGUUCAGGGCUCUCGAACCCUUUGCGAAAGACAUGGAAUCAAAAAGCUAUCAGUUGUAG